AACGCAAAAAUAAAGAUGCGCCCAAAGAGAAGACAAAUCUAAUAGAUAAGAAAAAUGAAAGCACAUCAAUCAACACCAUCAUCAUCAGCUAAAUCGAGCACCACCACCACCACAGCCAUGGAAGAGAGAGACAGCUGUUACUACCCCGGAUGCAGAAAGGACGCUAAUUGCAAUUGUGAAAUUUGCAUAGCCAGCAUCAAUGCCACUCUUGAUCUUAUGCCUAUUAGCAUCCAGAAAUCGUCACUCACUAAGCUUUCUACUUCACGCCCCAAUAUCGAACGCACUCCUAUUUCUUUCAAAACUUCGAUUUUGUCGACACCCACAUCAAAUUUUUGUCCCAAAAUUGAGUCCCCAGUCCUCAAAUCAACAGCAAGAUUGAAUUUCAGUGAAAAGGAGACGACAAAGAAAAAUUGGUGCUUUGGAGGCGCUUUUUUAAGGUUCAUUUUGGGAUUGUGCUUGAUUUUCGCAGCGGAAUUAGGGUUUUAUUGGAGAGCUAGUGGGGUUUUAAAGCCUCUGUUAUCUUCUGAUAUGGUGAGGAAAAUUGGUGAGAGAUCUGGGGUUGUACAAGAAUUGAAUGGGAGGUUAAGAUUCUUGCAGAAUGAGUUCAAGGAAUUUGUUCAUGAUGGGAAGGUUUCAAAUUGCAGCCAUAUGGACUCAAUAUGGAAAAUUAAUCAGGAUGGUCUGCUUUUGAAUUCGCGCUGUGUACUGUAUAAGUCAGCAAUGGAGGAGCUAAGUGUAUGGGGCUGGCCUUUGCAGACUGCAGGAUUGCUCAAAACAGGAUUUGCUUCACGGUCCUAUACUGUUUUGUCAGGCAGAGUUACAGAGUGGUCAGAUGGGAUGAUUGGAUAUUCAAUCCGAAAAGCCAACAGUUCAUGGAUUCACAGGAAAUGGGGUGUCUCUGUUGUGCAAUUAGACCCUAGUACUUGGGUUCUGGAGUAUGGUAGGAGCUCCGUACUGGAUUACUCAAGCCUGUCUUCAGCAGUAGCAGAUCUCUUUAUGUACCAGAUUUCAAGAAUAAUCGGAAGGAUCAAUCAAGAAUUCUGGUUAACGUCUGCUUUCAAACACGGAUAUAGUGGUUAUACAGAGGAAAGCCAUAACAAGAUCCCAACCUGAGAGAAUUGAUUGAUAUCAAAUCCAGUGCCUCCUUUCUUUUAUUAGAUUUUCGGUUCUCAUUCCUUGUGAGAAGAGGGUUCUUCCAUCUUUCGCUCUUUCAAAUUCCUCAUAGUUUGUUCAUGAAAGCUUCAAAUAGUUGUUUAUUUUUCAUGGUUCCACUAUAAUCCUGUAAGAUAACUAAGAUCACUAAUGUCUUCAUGGUUUCACUAAUGCUUAAUUCUUCAUUAUUCCACUAGAACAA